CUAUUUGCUGUUGCACCGUCCGUUGGCAGAAGAUGUCCCCGUUUGUUUCGGACAUCUUUCGAUCAAGUAAACAACACUGACGAGAAUGAGAACUUGAGAGAUCUUGAAGAUCUGAGGAGUUGUUCCAGCCAUGCUCUCAACAUUUGUUGCUCCUGCCUGUAAUUCACUGAGAUGGAAGGUUUAUUGCAGGACUUUAAGACUCAAUCAACUGCUUUAUGAACCUUUCCUCAUAAGAAACGCCCACCAAUGGACUGCAUCAUCCAGAAUAAGCAAGAAACCAGUGUUCACCAGAGCUCCGUCAUUUGGGGAUAAAGUUGCAAUAAUUGACAGCACUGGCAGCCACAGCUACAAACAGCUCUAUUGCAGUAGUUUGGGCCUUGCUGGGAAAAUCAGUCGGGCGCUCAACUCUGACCUUGGUGCAUUAAAAGGAAAGAGAAUCACCUUCUUGUGUGACAAUGAUGCCUCCUACACAGUUGCACAGUGGGCCACUUGGAUGAGUGGCGGAACUGCUGUGCCUCUGUACAGGAAACACCCGCCCUCUGAGCUGGAGUACAUUAUCACAGACUCACAGAGUUCAUUGCUGCUAGCAUCCCAUCCCCAUUCUGAGACAUUGGAGCCCUUUGCUGGAGCACUUGGUCUUCCCUACCUGGUCAUGCCUCCUACCUCAAAGUUGGACUCCCUGAGUGGAUCAGAGACUGACUUCCCAAUGAUGGACUGGACUGAGCAACCAGCAAUGAUCAUCUAUACCAGUGGCACUACUGGGCGACCUAAAGGUGUUCUACAUUCGCACAGCAACAUUCAAGCCAUGAUACAGUGCCUGGUUUCAGAGUGGGGCUGGUCUAAAGAUGAUGUUAUCCUCCACACGUUGCCGCUCCACCAUGUGCAUGGCAUUGUGAACAAGCUGCUGUGUCCUCUUUCUGUGGGGGCUACCUGCAUAAUGCUUCCAGAAUUCCAUCCUGACAAGGUGUGGGAGAUGCUUUUGAGCUCCGAGGCUCCGAGGGUUAAUGUCUAUAUGGCCGUGCCAACAAUCUACUCCAAACUGAUCCAAUACUAUGAUCAGCACUUUACGCAGCCUCAUGUCAAGGACUAUGUCAAAGCAGUCUGUAAGGAGAGGAUCAGACUGAUGGUGUCAGGAUCCGCUGCUCUACCUCUGCCUACUCUGCAGCGCUGGGAGAACAUCACAGGGCACACACUGUUGGAACGCUAUGGUAUGACAGAGAUCGGCAUGGCCCUGUCCAAUCCUCUUCAUGGACCUCGAAUCCCAGGGGCUGUUGGAUUGCCACUUCCUGGUGUUGAUGUUCGCAUAGUCAUGAAUAACUCAGUGAACACCACAAUCGUUGAGGGGAACCACAGAGACACCAAGCUGCGUUCAGAUUUCGAGGGAAAAGAAGGGGAGCUUCUUGUCCGUGGUCCGUCCGUUUUCAAGGAGUAUUGGAACAAACCUCAAGAAACCAAGGAGUCCUUCACCGAUGAUGGCUGGUUCAGAACAGGAGACACCGCUGUCUUCAGGGAUGGUGUCUACUGGAUCAUGGGCCGGACUAGUGUUGACAUCAUCAAGAGCGGGGGCUAUAAGAUCAGUGCCCUCGAUGUGGAGCGCCAUCUGUUGGCUCAUCCCGACAUCGCCGAUGUCGCCGUCAUUGGGGCCCCUGAUGCCACCUGGGGUCAAAGGGUUACCGCAGUGGUGCAGCUGAAGCAGGGGACGAGUUUGACUCUGACCGAUUUGAAAAGCUGGGCGAGGGAGCACAUGGCACCGUACAACAUCCCCACAGGACUGCUGCUGGUGGACGAGAUGCCGAGAAAUCAGAUGGGGAAAGUCAACAAAAAGGACCUGUUGCGGCAGUUCUUCCCAUGAUUGGAUCCCUUACAUGUUUCUAUUGGAAAUAAUGCCUCAAAUGUCGUGAGACAUAGAUGAGGACAACAUUAGCAUGGCACAGUGAUUUCAAUCAUUUUUCGAUUUAAAUUAAAUCAGCAGUGAACUGGAUUUAAACAGUUCCGUUUACUUUGAAAAUCGUUCAUGUGAAGCAUCAUAUGACUGAUGUUUUUUUUAGUACUGUGAUGUGAUGUUGAUCAAAAAGUGUGCCGCUGAAUGCUCUCUAUCCCCACGUAGUCCGGUUCAUACAUCCAGAGAUGUGAGCCUUUUUUUUUAUGUGAGGUGUUUGAGUGAAAUGCCAGUCACCGUUAAAAUGUUUUAAAGAAUCAUUCACACCAGUUGUUCUAGUAUUUGUUGUCUUCAAAUCACCUUCAAUAAAACAGAACAAUUAACAAA